AUGUCCUUCCAAACGAACUCCGAGAACUUACUCAGAUACCCUGAACAAAUGCAACACGAUGGUCUUCUCAAUGAACAAGAAAACAAAUAUCUUGCUGAUUUCUUAAACACGCUUGCAACCGAAGAGCCCCCGAGCAAUAUGAUGGACCUCACGCCAGCUCCCAUUCCGUUUCCAGACACAGGUUCUCAACCUCCCGUACAGACAUCUAGAGGGUUUCCACCAGGGUUUGGUCAGAAUUUUGAAGCAGGUGCUGGAUAUCCCGGAGCUGGUGGUUAUAUAUAUCAACCUCUCGGCUCUGAUCCUAUCACCAUACCAAAUAAUAACGGCUAUUCACAACCCCCGAAUUUUCAACAAGCUCUCCAUGUUCAUAAUGCCUUUGUACAACCAUCAUAUCAUCAGAUACAAACUUUGAAUAAUGGUGUGAUUCAUAAUAUUGGAAAGUCUAAAUCAAUCAUUGGUAAUCAAUCAUCCGCUUUAUACAUCAAAACAGAACCGAUUAACAUAAGUCGAAGACAACGUUCCCCUUCACCACAACCAAGUUUGAUUUCCAAACAGUCUUUAAGGCGAACUCCUUCUCGACGAAAAUCAAUCAAAAAUGAUCCUGCCGCAACUUCGUCAGAAGCAAAGUCGGAAGAAGGCAAUAAUUCGGAAUCGUCGACGACACAUCUACAAACAUUGUCUUCAACAUCAGGAAUAAAUGGUGCUUCAACUUCAUCAACACCUGGAUCUCCGAAAAUAUUAUUAACGUCUGAAUCGAAUAAUAAUCAAUCUCCAUCAACACCAGCGCCAAACCGAAGGGGAAAGAAAGGUCAUCACGAACUUUUAACCGAAGCCGAGAAAAAAGCGAAUCACAUCGCAUCAGAACAAAAAAGACGACAGAACAUACGUUUAGGUUUCGAUCAGCUAGUUGAAAUUGUGCCUACUCUUAGCCAAUGUCAUAGGAGUGAAGCACUGAUCUUACAAAAAUCUGUGGAGUAUAUUCAACAACUUCUAAUGCAAAAAAAUGAAUUAAAAGAACGAGUUAAAUCUUUACAGGCCACACUUGGUGAUGCGUGA